CAAACAUUCACUAGAUUUUGAAUACAAAACCUAAAUUUCCCUCUUCUUAGUCGGAUCCUUGAAACGACGAAGCAUAGAUUGAGAGGAGAUGGAGAAGGUGAUGGGAUUAGUCUCGGACAAAGGCGUGGUGAUAUUCAGCAAGAGUUCAUGCUGUUUGUGCUACUCAGUGAACGUCCUGUUCCGUCAGCUCGGAGUUGUCCCUCUGAUCUAUGAGAUUGACCAGGAUCCUGAGGGACGGGAAAUAGAGAGGCAGCUGGUGAUGCUCGGUUGCAAUGCACCUGUGCCGGCCGUUUUCAUAGGCGGAAACCUGGUGGGAUCAACAAAUGAGAUCAUGUCCCUUCACCUCAGCGGCUCGCUCCUUCAGAUGCUCAGGCCGUAUCAGAUAUUAUGCUAGUUACUUUUGAUGCCCUAGUGUCAGAUUGGUCGCGAUAAGUACCUAGUUUCGAGUAAGUUUAUAUAUAUAUAUAUAUAUAUACACACAUAUAAAAGUUUUUAUUUUCGAGUCCUUUGCUUAUGCAGCUUUUCUUUAUGUACAUGUUCGAUGUUAACUUCACAAUUCCAAGUGAUGUUGGAACAUGUCGGGAUAAUUAAUUCGAAUUAGUCUACCUUGGUAUCGAAAA